CUCUGCAUUCACUGAUAUCUGGUCUCCUUGGACCCUGCAUUCACUAUAUCUGGUCUCCCCGGGACCCUGCAUUUCACUAUAAAUCAUAUAAAUGCUGCGCUACAUUCAAAACUUAAGGAGGGUCACACCACACCUGCAUUCACUAUAUCCGCUCUCCCGGACCCUGCAUUCACUAUAUCUGGUCUCCCCGGACCCCGCAUUCACUAUAUCAGGUCUCCCCGGACCCUGCAUUCACUAUAUCUGGUCUCCCCGGACCCUGCAUUCACUAUAUCCGGUCUCCCCUGACCCUGCAUUCACUAUAUCCGCUCUCCCAGGACCCUGCAUUCACUAUAUCUGGUCUCCCCGGACCCUGCAUUCACUAUAUCUGGUCUCCCCGGACCCUGCAUUCACUAUAUCCACUCUCCCAGGACCCUGCAUUCACUAUAUCCACUCUCCCAGGACCCUGCAUUCA